AUGUGUGAGAUGAAACCGUCAGGCAAGUGUAAUGUACCAGAACACAUUCACCAGAGAUGGAAGAAAAGCACUAAAGAAGAAAAGGAAGCAAUGUGUGAUGAACUUGAUUCGUUGGGAUGGUCGAAGGAUAUGUUCGUCACCAAACUCACCAAGACCUUGUCCAAAACCAACAAGCUCAGCAAGCGUAAGAAGAGAGGUUGGUUUACAAAAGAGGCUAUGGCUCGAGUUUUGAACUGGUCUGCGUCUUACAUCAAGAGCGUGGUGGAGUAUUGCGAGCGACCUGGAAACAUCGACCGGCUGACCAAGAAAGAUCGCUACAAUAAGAAGCUCAAGAAAUACUAUGUUGUGUAUGAGGAGGGUGACGAAGAGUUGUCAGAAGAUGAAGAGCGCCAAGAGAAGGUUGCAGAUGAUGAAAUCGAAUUCCAGCGGCUGGGCCAUGUGAGAGAUGACCCUGAUUCUGAUGACAACAAGUCGGAGAAGGAGGCUGGUGCGAAGGAGGCCAACAGCGCCAAGUCAGUGCAAGGUCUAGAGUCGGCAUGCGAGACCCUGGAGCGAGAGUAUGAAGGUUGUGAGCAAGUGAGAUUGGAUGUUUCCGGUCUUGAAAGUGAGAAGAACCUGGCUGAUUCUGUGGCCAAAGAGCACCUGAAGAAGAUCGAUGCCCAGAUCCGCAAAACCACCGGGGCGUGCAGCAAAGUGAAUGCUGUGGAGGUUGCAGCCAGGUACUUUGGCUCAACCUAUGACUCAUUUUGGGAAGCCUUGGACUACACUCAUGCAUGGAAGUUUCCCACCUGUUUGUGCUCCUUGCAAGCACCUUGUGGAGCUGGCCCGGGCGGAGGUGGCAAGGAAUGUCGCUGCAAGCCGUACACUGAGAGCAUUUGCUCAGGUCCAAGCUCCAAACGUGCGUGCCGUGGGAUCUGCCAUGCCUGCAUGGCAGGGCAGGAAUUGGAUGCAAAUCAAGGUCGUGCAGCUGUGCCUUUCGAGGACUUCAGUCCGAAUGCGGCAUGGGUCUCAACAAGGUUUCAGGAAUUGCCUUGGGAUGUCACGCCUCCUAUCGUCCAGGGACUUCAUUUGUCAGAGGAAGACCAAACGAGCUUUUUCAACAUUGAUCUUUGGCACAAUUGCCACAUGGGCAUUUGCAAGCACUUCUGCGCCAGUUCUUUCAUCGGGAUUCUUGAGUCAGAUCUUGAUGCUGUGCCGCGUGUGGGCAUGGAGGCCAAAUUUCAGUGGAUUACCCAAAUCUACUUGAACUAUUUCAAGAGCAGAAGGGUGAACCCAUUUGUUCGGGAAAUCAGCAGAGACACCAUGAAUUUUCCUGCAGGGACAGCGUGUCCCAUCGGGAAAUGGUCUAAGGGUCAAGCCUCCACUGAGAUGAUGAUGUUCCUGCAUUUCUUUUGUCGGCAGUACAUAGAGGGCAACACGGCUGACCCUUUGCUGCUGACAAUAGCUGAUGCUGCUCGGGCACUGAAUUUGGCGCUUUCAACUUUGUAUCGGUCAGGGUACUGGCUCCAAAAAGAAAAGGCUGCACUACUGGCAAAGUUGAUGUUUCGGUUCUUGGCAUUGUACGCUAAGUGUGCAGAGUUGACAUUGAGGCAGGGAAAACGGCGCUUCGCAAUGGUGCCGAAGCUACACAUGCUUGCGCACGCUGCCUUUGACCUUCAAGACCAAUCAUCUCGUGCGGAGUGGGCACACAACCCGCUAGCCAUGACAAACCAGAUUCAGGAAGAUUUCAUCGGAAGGCCCUCGAGAAUCAGCAGGAGAGUCAACAUACGAUCCCUGCAUAAAUCACUGAUUAUGAGAACUUUGAUUGUUUACCAGGACAGCUGGCGAGUGGCUGAUAGUGAUGAAAGGGGUAUGGAUGGGUAUCCCGAUGUGUGA